AUGUCAUCGCCUCUCAGCACAUCGACAGCAUCCGCUGAGAUGCCCAUGCCAGGAGGCGCAUUGCAGAAGGACAUGAUUCGAGCGCUUGCGUCGCCCAUGUCAAUUUACGAGUUCUGUGUACACCUACCAUUCCUUUCAGAUGCACUCAAAAAGGACCCGCGGAUGGUCUUUCUUUUGCAUAGCAUUGAUCGAACGGCGUUACAAGCUAUCGUCUCAGGCACUGUGGCCUAUACGGCUGCGGCGAAGCAAUCCAAGUGGUUACAGAUGCCUGCAGAGCUCGAGGGUAAGGUCCCAGGGAUCUACGUAAUUGGCCUGAGGCGCUCACUGAAGGAUGGCAAAUUUCUUAACAUCAUCGAGACGGAGAGACUGAUCGAUGGUCUUCGGCGAUAUGUAAAGGGGGCUCGCCUUUGCAGAGCAAAUCAAGCACAGGGCACUCUGAACUCUGCCGACAAAGAGCUCGUGAAAUGGGUGUCAACUGUGGACUGGCAAGGGGGCUACAAUAUCAGGCCAGAUUCGAUGCCCUCUCCACAAUCAAUCCAGAGCGAUGGAGAGUUCUCAAAGAUAGAAGGUGUGAUCUCUUCAUUUGAACGACGGUGCGAUCGGCAAUUGGAUCCCGCAGGAAAGGUUCGCCAGCUUCAGAGUCCACUUUACGUUGGAUGCUCAAUAGACUUGCGCGAGAGGACAAGCAAGUACAAGCUACACUCGCGUGGUGGUCUUUUGAAUGUUAAUAAGCCCUUAUGCCUUGUUGUCAACAUUCUAUCGGCACUAGAUCUCAAUGUGGAGCUGAGUGUACAAGUUGUCGUUAGAACAUGGGAGGGAAUUCCACUGCCUGUAGCAGAGCGGUUGAUCACCACCGUCGCAUGCUCCUUCGUUUACCAGCACGGGUUCAAUGCUGUCGAGGCGGGAGGAACGGGGUUCUCGAAGCCUGCAGGCACUUUGAGUGUGUUGGAGAAGUCUGCCGAGCUGCUCUUUGGCCAUCAGGAUACGAUGAAGCAGAACCUGGAGGCCACCGCCGCAGAGCUCAAUCAACGUGCGGAAUUCUUAGACACGCUCGACUAUGUCGAUAAUAAGGCUGAAGGGCUUAUCACAGAAGCCGACAACCUUGUUGCCAACGGCUCCGACUACAAGGGUGAUACAUUCCAGAGUAUCGAGAGAGUCAUGAUAGCGAAGAAGGACGAACUACAGGAGCAGAUCGAGAAGCUUGACAAGCGAAGAAAGCAGAAAGAGCUCUUGGUGAAAUUGGCACAACUGAGGCUCGGGCAGAGGACGGUGGAUAGCAAAGAGUAG